AUGGUCAGCUCGUCGCGACGCACCCAGCGCAAGGCGCACUUCAGCGCCCCCAGCCACAUCCGCAGGAAGAUCAUGUCCUCGUCGCUCAACAAGGAGCUCCGAUCCGAGCACGGAAUCAAGUCGAUCCCGGUCCGCAAGGACGACGAGGUCCUGAUUGUCCGCGGCUCCAACAAGGGCUCCGAGGGCAAGGUUACCCAGGUCUACCGCAAGAAGUGGGUCAUCCACGUCGAGCGCGUGCACCGCGAGAAGACCAACGGCGCCACCGUCCCGAUCCCCGUCCACCCCUCGAACGUCGUCAUCACCAAGCUCAAGAUCGACAAGGACCGCACCAACAUCAUUGCCCGCAAGUCUGGCAAGAAGGCCGAGGACAAGAAGGACGGCGACGUCGAGAUGAAGGACAACUAA